AUGCAGGAGUGGCUCUGGGUGGCGAUGUUUUUCUAUCGGGCGAAACUGGCAGUAGCGAAACGCAUCAGUAAAGACUCGAAAGAUCCCACACUUUACGAGAAGACGAAAAGGUAUGUGCGAUCGCGAAUGGGUAUCUAUUGGGAACACAUGAGCAAAUCUCCGUGGUCAUCACUGCCCGAGCUAACAAAUGCUGACGGCAACGAGUGCAUAUACUCGUGUGGCGCCCAAGCCUGGACUGUUGGCUGCUUAUUGGAAACCGUCAAUGACUUGUACCAGCUGUGCAAGAAGCCCGCUGAAAGGACCUAA